AUGGUUGAAGCUUGGCACACGCUCACCACUAGCAUCGGGAAUUCGUCAGAGCCACGAACGGAACUGUGGGCAGAGGACAUGGACCGUCGCAUCAGCUGUGCCAUUGACUACGGCCGCAAACGUCGCUUCCUUAACGACGGCGACAAUGUUGUAGUGGUAACGGGUUGGAAGGCCGGAUCAGGCGCCACCAACUCUCUGCGUAUCAUUCAACUUGGCACUCCCGCGGAGACCCACGUUCUCACCGUGUCAGACCUCAGGGGUUUCAAUGACUAG